UCCGCCCCUCCACCGCACCCGCACACCCGCCACACCACCACCGCACCCAACCCUCACGAUGUCCGCCCCCGACAUCACCCGCCGCACCGCGACCCUAAACCGUAACACGAACGAGACCAAGAUCCAAAUCUCACUCUCGCUCGACGGCGGCUCUUUGCAAUCUCUCGGUGGCGCCGCGGAAGAUGCGUCGCACGCUACACAGACCUCGGCCGCCCAGAGCAUCAACAUCAACUCCGGCAUCGGCUUCCUCGACCACAUGCUGCACGCCCUCGCAAAGCACUCCGGCUGGUCGCUGAGUCUCGCUUGUCAGGGUGAUUUGCAUAUCGACGAUCACCACACGGCCGAAGACUGCGCUUUGGCGCUCGGGAGCGCAUUCAAAGACGCCAUCGGCCCUAUCGUAGGGUACAAGCGAUUCGGCACCGGUUUCGCGCCCUUGGACGAGGCGCUUUCGCGCGCCGUCGUCGAUCUCUCGAACCGUCCCUGUGCCACUGUCGAUCUCAAGCUCAAGCGGGAGAGGAUCGGAGACCUGAGCUGCGAGAUGAUUCCUCACGUCCUGGCCAGUUUUGCCCAGAACGCAGGUAUCACUAUGCAUGUUGACGUGCUGAAGGGAGAGAAUGAUCAUCAUAAGGCCGAGAGCGCGUUCAAGGCGCUGGCGUUGGCGCUGAAGGAGGCGACUACGAGGACUGGGAGCAACGAUGUGCCUAGUACUAAGGGCGUGUUGUAAGUUGUGGGACUACUGUGUAUGUUAGGUAUUUGCAUUGGGAUUGGGAUUGGGAUUGGGGUUUGUUUUGGGUAGAUAUCACGGGAGCCAAAAAAGGUGAAGAGCAUAGAUCGUAAUUUGGUAAUCAAGAAGA